AUGGGUGUGAAAGCAGACACCGGCACCCUGGCAAAGAUUGUGCCUUUAGUUGAACAAAGGCGGCAAAGUUCAGCACAAACUCAUGCACAUGAAAAAAAUUCAGAGGGUGCACUAUCCCAUUUUGUACCAAUCUUUCAAGAUGGUUUACGAACGUUGGGUGCAGUCAUAGCUUUUCUGUCGGGGUUUGUUUCCUCCUACAGUUUAAGAGGGAAGAAAAAUGCCCAAGCUUCAGCAAAUAAUGGGAAUGGGAAUGAGUAUUCUUUGAAGAGCUGUGAAAAUGGAAUGCGCCAGCCAGAGAUAGGUGCAAGUAUGGACAUUAUCAUUGUCGGUUCUGGGCUUGUUGCUUCGGCACUCGCUUACACCCUUGGGAAGGAUAGGCGCCGAGUGCAUGUGAUUGAAAGAGACUUGACUGAGCCAGAUAGAAUUGUUGGUGAACUGCUACAACCUGGGGCUUAUCUGAGAUUAAUUGAGUUGGGCCUUGAAGAUUGUGUCAAGGAGAUUGAUGCUCAGCGAGUCUUUGGAUUUGCUGUUUACAAUGAUGGGAAAAAAACCAAGUUGCCAUAUCCUUUGGAAAACUUCCAUCCAGAUGUGGUUGGGAUGGGCUUUCACCAUGGGCGUUUCAUUCAAAGAAUGCGCAAAAAAGCUUCAUCUCUCCCCAAUGUAAGGUUGGAACAAGGAACAGUGACAUCUCUGCUUGAAGACAAUGGUAAUAUCAAAGAAGUGCAGUAUAAAUGCAAAGGUAGUCAUCAGGGGAUCACUGCACAUGCCCCCCUCAGAAUUGUAUGUGACAGGUGCUGUUCAAACUUGCGACGCUCUCUCUGCAAUCCUGAGGUUGAUAUUCCUUCUUGUUCUGUAGGUUUGGUUUUUGAGCAAUGUCAGCUUCCAUAUGCAAAUCAUGCACAUGUAAUUUUAGCGGAUCCUUCACUCAUAAUGUUUUAUCCUAUCAGCAGCACUGAGAUCUGCUGUCUCGUUGAUAUUCCAGGCCAGAAAGUACCUUCUGUUUCUAGCGGUGAAAUGGCUUACUACUUGAAAACAAAGGUGGCACCCCAGGUUCCUCCUGAGCUGAAUAAUGCUUUUUUGGCUGCCACUGAGAAGGGAAAUAUAAAAUCAAUGCCCAAUAGGAGCAUGCCUGCUGCUCCUCAUCCCACCCCAGGUGCCCUUCUAAUGGGGGAUGCAGUCAACAUGCAGCAUCCUAUAACUGGAGGAGGCGUGACUCUGGCUCUAUCAGACAUUGUUGUUGUAAGGAAUCUUCUAAGAUUUCUGCACAAUCUCAAUGAUUCACCCUCCCUUUGCAAAUUGCUUGAGUCCUUCUAUACCCAACGUAAGCAAGUGGCUUUUCCCAUAAACACAUUGGCAGGUGCCGCAUACAAGGUGUUAUGUGCAUCCCUUCAUCCAGCAAGGAAGGAAAUGCGCCAAGCAUGCUUCGACUAUUUGAGCCUUGGACGCACCUUUUCAAAUGGACCUCUUGCUCUUCUCUGUGGUCUAAACCUUUGUCCAUUGAGCUUGAUUUUCCAGGUCUUUGUUGUGGGUCUUUAUGCUGUUGGACGCUCUUUACUUCCAUUUCCUUCACCAAGCCGCAUCGGGAGUGUAGCCAGAUUGAUCUUGGGUGGAUUAGGAAUCAUUUUCCCCAUAAUCAACGCUGAAGGAGUAAGACAAAUGUUCUGCCCUGUAGCCACCCUGCAAUCAUAUCUAAGAGGUCCUCCUAUCAUUUGACAUGACGAAAACAACAUACCCAGAGAAACAAAAAACAAGAAUGGUGAAACACAGCUUUUCAACCUUUUAAGAUAAGCUAAUUUGUAUGAAGACAGAUUCUCCCUUGUAAAAAUUUCAGGUGGAAAUUCAUGCCUGAGUUUUUAUUUUUUAUUUUUCUUAAAGUGUACUUAAAAAUAUAUCAUUCAAUACACUACAUGAUCUGUAAUUUCCAUCA